AUGCGGUUCGCACUUUUCACCGUUUUUCUGGCUACUGCCUUUGUCAACGCCAACCCCGUCCCCGAGAACCUCGAGGACAUUGCCAUCAACGCAGAAGAUGCACUGGCGAAGGCUGCAGCAACUACACCUGAGCUUGUGAAGCGUAAAAGCUGGCUUUGCGACCCCGUGCUUCAGAGCUGUGGCACCGGAGACCCCAGCAAGGCUCAUUACUGCCGACCCAACUCGUGCACUGGAUGGAACGGAUGCAUUCCUUAUACUACCUCAACUGGCCAGAGAUACGCAUGGUGCUCUUAA